UAUUAUUCCAAUUUUUGUACGACAAACACAUUUAAGGAAAAAUAAAGAAUAUUUUUUACGAUCACGUAAGGGAUAUUUAUUUUUUCAAGAACAUCAGGGGGAAAAGGCGUGAUGGGGGAUGAGAGUAAACAUUCGACAGAAGCUAUUGUAGAGACCAGUAUAACCAAUACAAAGAAAGAAAUCAAACAGAAUGUACAAAGCAAUAAGCAGGAUGAGGAAUUAGAUUCAUUGUUAGACAGUGCUUUGAAAGAUUUUGAUGAAGUAAAGCCAAAAACAGCAACAAAAGAGGACCAGGGAAGUGCCAAGAAAAAUGAUUCCGCAUCACAGAAAUCAGAAGCCUCAGGGGAUCCAUUGUCAGACAUGUUUGCUGAUGAGUUCUCAGAUGAUAUGGCUAAACAGUUUGAAGAGGCCAUGAAAAGUAUGGUUGGUGAGGAUCCUGAAUUAGUUUCACAGAUAGAAAAACUAGCAGCUGCUGCUGGCAGUGCAGGCGAUUCACAAGAAGCACAGCAAGAGUUUGCUAAAAACUUAGCACAAACCAUGUCUAGUCUUGAUGAGAAUUCAGAAGAAUUACAGGGUCAAAUGUCAGAAGAUGAUUUGAUGAAAGCCUUCACUAGUAUGGGUAUGGAAGAUGGACAGGAAGGGUUUAUGCCAAUGAUGCAGGGGAUGAUGAAGUCAUUGUUAUCUAAAGAAAUCUUAUAUCCAUCAUUAAAGGAAUUAUCAAAAAAGUACCCUCACUGGUUAGAUGAAAACAAAGAUAAGACAGCUAAGGACCAGUUAGAAAAGUAUUUACAGCAACAGAGGAUUGUGGGUGAAAUCUGUGUAGAAUUUGAAACAGAACAGCCUUCUGAAACAGAUGAAAGGAAGAAAUUACGAUUUGAAAGAAUAAUAGAUUUAAUGCAACAGAUGCAAGAUCUUGGACAGCCGCCAAAGGAAAUUGUGGGAGAUAUGGCACCCGGUUUAGACUUUGAUGAAAAUGGUUUACCUAAAUUACCAGGGACUCAACAAGGAUGUUCAAUCAUGUGAUCUCAUAACAUUCAAAACAUGUGACAGCUGUGAUAUUGAUCAUGUGAUAUAAACAAUAGAGCAGAAAGGGCAAGGAGGCAUAGUUUUGGUGGAUAUAAAAAUAUUCGAAACUGAUGUUGGUAGUAAAGCAUUCUGGUUGUGGCAAACUUAUAUUGUCCUAUUUAUAGGAGAGCUGUGUUUGUGAUUAAAAUAGCAUACUGGUCUUUUAUUCUUUAUUUCUUGUUCUAAAAAACUUAUAAAGCAUUUGAUAAAAUAAGCAUCUGAUGUUAAAAAUGAGCCUCAAAUACACUUGGUAAAUGUGAUUACAUUUACUUUAUAUUAUCCUAGAUCCCUAUGAUUAAAAAUAUUUGAAAUAAGUAAAGGUAUAGACAAUUCAUGUUUUUUAAUGUGCAUUUUUUUUAGAUCAUGAAGAUGAUUUUUUUAAUCUAAAAUAUGCCUUUUUUGAAAAAUAGGUGAUAUCAUAUUGAUUCACGGUGUUCAUGUUAAAAGUAUAUCCAUUCUUGUUUUCAGUUUGGACCGAUAUACAUGUACUAGUUGAAAAUUAAAAUUUUUAUAAGCGGUGCAGGGUUUUGAACCUUGUUAUACAAUUAGUUACACAAAUGAGUGUUACCUUCUUUUCUUUGAAAUUUAGCUAUAAAAAAAACCCGAUAUAUAUUAUAGGAAUCCAAUCAAAUGUAAUAAAACUUUCUUGUAGUUUUAGUCUAUCAGAAAUAACCCUUGUCACAUUUAUAUCAGUGGAACUUAUUUCAUUAAUAGUUUUCAACACAACAGUUUUAUUGUUUAUCUUGUUUUAAUGUUAAGAAAUAAUAUUUUAUUCUGUACUUUCUAUUUUUUAAAAAAAAAUAUAUUGUGUUUAAAAUUAUCAGUGAUUUCACUCUCUAAAAUAAAGUGGAAAUACUAAAUCAACAUGAAAUUAUGUUUAUUAAAUUUGCAUUUGAUUAAAAUGAAUGUGUCUGAAUAUUCUAUUUUUUAACAAAAUUUUAAUAUGCUAAAAUAUACAUAGCAACUUUAUCAUGAACAAGUUAUUACAGGUAUAAUUGCUUAAUUAUGAAUUAAAAAGACAACAACAUGCAUACUCCGAUUGAUAAUCCAUGUUAUCAACUUGAAAUUACAAAUAUUUUUUUCCAUGAACCAUUUAUUUAUAAAUCUUGAAUUAAAAUAUUUUUAAGUUAUUGUAAUGUAUACCUGUCAAAAAAUGGUUUGUAAGUGUAAAAUGUUGUAUGAAUGUUUUACUUAUAAAUUUCAAAAGAGUAGUUUUUGAAUGGAUGAAAGAUUUUUUAUUGGAAAGUGAAAACACUAGCAUGUUUGAUAAAAGAUUUUAUUCUGCUUAACAGUUUCCAUUUAUAUACGCCCAGGACAGGACGUAUUAUGGUAUACUGUUGUCCGUCCGUCCGUCCGUCUGUCGUCCAUUCUAACAAUAACACAAAAACACCUUCACCAAUUUCCAUGAAACUUUAGUGAAUUGUUUAUAUCUAUUGACGUAAGCUCCCUUUCGUUUUUUUUUAAUUUCAGAUUUUAAGUUUUGGAUUUAUGGGUCUUUAUUCAUAAAAAAGGGGGGAUUUUCAACACUUCGGACAAUAACACAAAAAGGCUUUCACCAAUGUCCAUGAAACUUUUGUGAAUUCUUUAUAUCUAUUGAUGUGAGCUCCCUUUCGUUUUUUUUUUAUUUCAGAUUUUAAGGUUUUGGAUUUAUGGGUCUUUAUUCAUAAAAAAGGGGGAAUUUUCAACACUUCGGACAAUAACUCAAAAAGGCUUUCACCAAUGUCCAUGAAACUUUGGUGAAUUGUUUAUAUCUAUUGAUGUAAGCUCCCUUUCGGUUUUUUUAAAUUUCAGAUUUUAAGUUUUGGAUUUAUGGGGCUUUAUUCAUAAAAAAAGGGGGAUUUUUAACACUUUGGACAAUAACUCAAAAAGUCUUUCACCAAUGUCCAUAAAUUUUAUAAAUUUCAGAUUUAACAUUUCCAUGUUAUGAAUUUUUAUGCUUAAAAAAGGGGUGAUUUUUCCAAUUUUGGGACAAUAACUAACACUUUAACAAAAUUUUAUGUAUGGAUGAAAAAUUAAGACAACAAACAUAGUUAAAUUUGAGGUAGCCUUAAUAGUGCCAAUUUUUUUGUGCAUUUUUAUUUAUUAUUUAGGGGGGGUAUUUGACAGGGCUCACACUAUUUCUAGUUGAUCAUAUAAAUUCAUUUAAAGCAUAAAAGACAAGUUAAAAGAGCAACGGGCGUUUCAUGCGCUAAAACGCAGCCCUUUAUUCUUAGAAGUUUAAAGGCUUUGCUUUUGAAUUGAAAAUGUUGGUGUACAUAAAUUUCCAAAACUGAUACAUUUUCUCCUGUUUAAAAUUUGGUUAUCCAACCUUCUAUAAUUAGUUAAAGUUAUUUUGUGACAUUUUGAAACUUUUGUUUAUGUUUUAUAAAUUGAGAAUGUGUGAGUAAUUGUGAACUGAAUGAACAUUUCAGGAUUCGAUUGUACUGCCUGACUGAUGAAGUUAAAACAAAUUGUUAUUGAUUAUUAGUAAAAGAGAAAAAAUUAAAACAUGCAAUCAAA